ACCCGCCCGGCGGAGGGAGCUGAACCCGCCUGAGGGGACGCGAACCUUCCCGAGGGGACCCGAACCCGCCCGGCGAGGGAGCCGAACCCGCCCGAGGGGACGCGAACCCGCCCGGCGGAGGAAGCCGAACCCGUCUCAGGGGAGCCGAACCCGCCUGAGGGAACGCGAACCUUCCCGAGGGGACCCGAACCCGCCCGGCGAGGGAGCCGAACCCGCCCGAGGGGACGCGAAUCUUCCCGAGGGGACCCGAACCCGCCUGAGGGAAGCCGAACCCGCGUGAGGGGAUCCAAACCCUCCUGAGGGGAUCCAAACCCUCCUGAGGGGAACGGAACCCGUCUGAGGGGACCCGAACCCGCCUGAGAGGACCCAAACGGGGAAAAGCCCCAACCCCGUUCUCGACAAAUCCGAACCGUCCCCAAACACCCGAACCGGGCCCGUCCCGUCGCUAAGGACCGAGCCCACCCGGAGGGCGACCCGGACCGGCACCGUCCCGUCUGGAAGGACCCCGAGCCGAACCCCAAAAGACCCCAAACUCUUCCAGAAAAACCCGGACCCGCUCGGCCCCCAAGAUGCCGUCUCCGUGCCGUGCCCCGAACCCUCUGCGCUGCGUCCAGGCCAUCUGCGCCCUCCUGGCCCUGGCGCUGGCGGCGGCCCCCGGCUAUUGGAACGCGGGCGAGGGCGACGGCUGCCUGUCCGCCUGGGCUUUGUCCUUCRUCUUCACCGUCCUCCUCCUCCUCAACGACGCCUUCAACCGCCCGCCGCCCCGCCGCGACCUCCCGCUGGCCCUGGCCCUGGCCGCCGGCAUGGCUUGCGCCACCGCCACCAUCCUGUGGCCGCUGGGCCACCUGCGGGGCAACGAGGGCAGCCAGAGCCGGACCCGCUCCCUCCGCGCCGCCGCCACGGCCGCCUCGGCCAUCGCCACGCUGGCCUACGCCGCCGAGGUGACCCGCGACCGCGCCCAGCCCGGCGAGGCCGCCCCGUACCUGGCCACCCCCUCGGGGUUGCUCAAAGUGGCCGAAACCUUCCUGUCCCUGGUCCUGCUGGGGCUGUCGGCCGAGCUGGAGGCCGCCUCGGGCCCCGYGGGUUUGCGCUGGUGUUUGGGCAUUUUCUGCGUGUCCUUCGUGCUGGGGGUGCUGCUGGUGGGGAGCUGCCUGCUGGGCUGGGGGUGGUGCGGGUGGAUGAGGGACCCCGAGGGGCUGCGCUGGGGGCUGGGGGUGUAUGCAGGGCUGGGAGUUGUGGCUUACGGGGCGGCCACGGUGCUCUGGGCGCUCUACAGCUUCUCGGACGACAUGGGAGGUCAGUCCCGGAGACCCUACGGCUGCUCGGCCACCUGCUCUUGGGACAGGGAGGUGCUGGUGGCCGUGCUCAGUGGCCUCACCCUGGUGGCUUUCGGCGUGGAUUUGGGGCAGACGGGCAGGUUGGUGCUGCUCAGGGCCUGAGGGGGAACCCUGAGGGGGGGAUGGUGCCCUAAAUGGGGUCUGGGGGCUGCCACAGGUCAGGAUCGGGGCCUUAAUGGGGUCUGGGCGCUCUCCCGGGGUGGGUCAGGCUCUCGAAGGAUCCUCUGUGGGGCAGAUUUGGGACCCUGAGAGAGGUCUGGGUGGGUUUUGGGGAGCCUGAUGGGGGUCUGGGCUCACCCCAGGGUGGGAUCUGGCCCUAAAGGGGGUCUGGGGUCCCCAUAUAGGAUGGGUUUGGGAGCCUAAUGGGGGUCUGGGCUCACCCCAGGGUGGGAUCAGCCUCUCUGGGGGUCUGGGGUUCCAUAUAGGGUGGGUUUGGGAGCUCAAUGGGGGUCUGGGUCCCCAUAUAGGGUGGGUUUGGGAGCCUAAUGGGGGUUUGGGCUCACCCAAGGGUGGGAUCAGCCUCUUUGGGGGUCUGGGGUCCCCUCAUGGGGUGGGAUCAAGCUCCUAAAGGGGUCCCGAAUCCUCUGUGGGGCAGAUUGAGCCCCUAAUGGGGGUGAGGUUUGCUCUGAGGGAAUAUUGGGACCCUAAUUGGGGUUUUGGUUCCUCUGUGGGGUGGGAUUGAGCCCCCCAUAAUGAUCCGGGGUGGGAUUGGGUUCCCAAAUGGGUUCUGGGUCCUUUGUAGGGCAGGAUUUGGCUUUGGGAUGGGAUCAAGUGCCUGAGGGAGUCAUGGAUUCCCCAUGGAGGGAUCAUAAGGGGGGUUUUGGGGAGGGGGACACCAUUGAGGCCUUAAUUUGGGAGGGGGAGAUGUGAUGUUAUUAA